GCUCCAUGAUGCAGAAUGGAAUUGUUUUCGCCUUCAAAUAUGCAAUACCAUGAUCAGCAAAACAGACCAAAGAGAACUAGCGAGAAAAUGAAACAAGUUAACUGCUCUGCGGGUUCAGAUCAACAGACUCAACCAGCAGCAAUGAGCUAAGAGUUACCAUAAUUUAGAUAAUGUUUCCUUCCUCGUAAACAAUGAGUGGUCUCGACCAAAUCACAUCGUGGCGCAAAUUGUUUAUCCCUUAGCUCGGUCCAAUAAAAAAAUCCCGUAAUGCUAUUCAAGGUCGUUAAUGUUUGCUGAUCGCCCCGAAGGCAAUCCGUUCUCACUUUCAUUAGAAAGAUCGUCGCGAUCGGAUUGGAUUGUUUUGAUCGUCUCAGCUUCAGAUACUUACAAACAAAACGAUGAAGUGGACCCGACCGGCAAAGGUUCCAUUCCCUUCGGUGUGGCAUCGAUUUCAGGCGCGAGCUCCCUCGAGCAAACAGUUGGUGUGGUACACGGUGCAGGAUCUACCGGAGGACCGUUUCGAGGAUGCGAUCCGUCACAUGUGCGACUACUUUGCGCGGGAUGAGCUGAUGAACCAGGCCAAGGGCUUGGCUCGGGAUUUGAUCGCUAUGGGCGAUGUGGUGGCGCUGUGGAAAGCGAUGCUUCCGGAUCGACUGUCGUUGGUGUGCUUCCGGGAAGGAUCGGAUGAGAUCGUGGGGGUUAACGUACUGGACGUGGCUUCUAAGUCGGACAAGGAUGAUGGCAGGUUCAACAGCGCAAUCUUCCAGGCGAUUUACGACACCAUCGAGUACGUAUCGCAUCAGGCGAAGAUCUUCGAUCGGUACGGUGUAGAUCACUAUUUGAAUGCGAUGGGGCUUUCCGUGGAUCCAAAAUACCGAGGACGGGGUAUUGCCACGGAAAUUCUGCGGGCUAGGAUCCCUCUCUGCCGAGCCGUUGGCCUCAAACUGAGCGCAACAUGCUUCACUGGGCCAAGUUCGCAGACAGCGGCCACCCGGGUUGGCUUUCAAGAAGACUUUACCAUAACCUACGGCGAGCUAGCACGUGUUAACCGCCGCUUCUGCUAUCCGGGUAUCGAAGAGAAUUAUUGCAAAUAUAUGAGCUUGAGAGUUGAUUGAU